UUUUUCUUUGCAACCGGGGAAAACGUCAUCAUCAAGCGACAAAUGUGUUUCUGCUCUCCCAUCAAUAUGCUGCAGCUCGCUCGUAACCUCCUAACUAGCUACUUGUCGAACAAUUCUACAGACACAGACGGUAACUGCUGUUUUUGAGCAUCAAUGAUGUCCUCCACUCGCAGGAUGGUGUUGUCACUAUACAUGCGUGUGUUUCGCAUCGCCCGAAGCUGGCAGGCACAGAGUGGAGUUGCAAGUGACACAGAGAGUGAGAGACAAUACAUACUCCAGGAGGCCUGCACUCUGUUCAGACAGAACCAGCAGCUCACAGAUCAAGAAUCAAUAAAGAAGUGUAUAGAAGAAUGUGAAGCAAGGAUAGAAAUAGGUCUACAUUACAGGAACCCAUAUCCAAGGGCUACGUACCUACCGCCAAUGGGACUGGCAACUCAGAAAGGCAGGAAGAUGCGAGCGCAACAGCGCUUGAGGAAGCAGGCCAAGCCAAUAUACUUAGAGUCACAUGACGAGACCUGAUGCUCGAUAACCUCACUCCUCGCCAAGAGUUCAAGUUACCGCGGGCAGGAAACUAGAGUGCAGUCACAAGCUGAUCUCGUGGGCUGAGUUGUUGCAAGCACUCAAUGAUGCGUGAACACAUGUCAAUUAGGAACAAGUCAUUUUUCAUUGUCAUUUUCUUACUGUAAACUGUAGCUGAAGCUUGUCAGCUUCUGUUCAGCUCAGGAAGGCAGUCAGCAUGGAGUGACCUGUAAUAUAAGAUCAAGUUGUAUAUUUUAUUUAUUUUUAUGUGUAAAAACUGUUGUGAUAUAUACUUUACAUUCUUUCACAACUGCUAAGACACAAAUAAAGUUGUAUUAAAGUCUUUUAUUUUAGUAAUACUUAUGUGCAUUGACAUGAAGAAUUCAUGUAGUAUCUAGGCAAGAUAUUACACUCAGCAUUGACCUUCUUCUCUUUUCCAGCAUGCACCUUUUUAGGAACUACCCCCUAAUAGUUGCCCCAUUCCCUUAGCUUUUCCAUAUACAGUAGGUAGCCCAUUUAUUCAAACAGAAAAUAUGAAAUAAACUCCAGGAAGCAGAAGAGGAAGCUGGAGUUAAAAGUCAUUUGUCACUCAUAUAAAAAAUUCAUUGUAGUGGAUGCAGAUGGUGUACUUCCUUUGAAUUUCUGAAAAACUAAAGAGGAAGGACUGGGUGAGGUAGAUGAAAUGCCAUUUAUAGUAUAGUACAUUUCCAUGAUAACAGCCAUCCAAGCACGCGCAACAAUGACAUCAGAAGAGCUUUCCAGGAAGGCUUUAAAACAGGAACAGAGAGGGAAUGAAAAACAGAAAUAAAAAAAAUAUGUGUAAAGUUUGUGAUAAGACUUAACUUAAAAGGUGGGAGGUAAAAAAUAAAAUAAGUCUAUAAUAUGUGUUUUAUCAGUGGUUUCAAAACUGGGGGGCAGGGGUGCUGCUAAUUAUAAAAUAAAUAAUGCAUGGUUCUGCUGCACUGCUAGCAAUUCAUGAACAAGUUUGUGAAAGGACUGCCAGGUAAAUGUGAAGCAAAAGCCAAUAUAUAUAUAUAUAUACAUACAUAAAUACAUGCAUACAUACAAAAUGUGGCCUCACAUCAGACAAUACGAUCACAAAAUCAGGGCGGCCGUUCCUCCCAAUUACUCCUCUCUAGGUGUCUCUGUCAUUGCCUACAUAUGCAUUGAAGUCUCAGCAGAACUAUGGAUCUAUGGACUAUAGAUGGACUAGUGACUAGUUGGCUUGAACAUAUUUGUAUCUACAAAAGGGGGGGCCCUGCAGAAAAAGUUUGGGAACCACUGUGUAUUACCAUACAACAGUUAUCGAUCUAUUCACCUGUUUGAUUUAAAAAGGAGAUGUGACAUUUUAUGUUUUCCAUAUGCUCUGAUGAGGCUACAGCAUGAGAGGUCAAAUAGCUAAAUGUAUUAUUUAAAAGUAACCAUUUGUUUUAUUGUUGGAAAGAUAUACCACACUUACAUCCCUUAACAUCUCAUGCUCGAACAUUUGGUCUGCCCUACAAUAGGUUUGUUGUCUUUUCUUUAAUUUUUGAAAUAAAGACAUCUCUGUAACCGAAA